AUGCCAAAAAAGAUUGCGGAUCCAUCUCCGCCACUGAACACCAAAGACCUGGAGCUAUUACACCAUUACAUCACAAAUACUUCGCUCACGCUCGGGGACGAUGUAGUCCUUUGGCGCGAUAAAGUCCCGCGACUUGCUUUCGAGUACCCCUAUGUCCUCCGACUCCUUCUCGCGAUGUCUGCUCUGCAUCAGACACGACUCCACGUUCAUGGUUCCCUUGUUAGCCAACAACUUGCCACUGCCCACCACAACAUGGCCUUACGCGAAGUGACCGGGUUGCUCCCCGCCAUCAGCGGCAAGGACUGCUCAGCAUUAUACAUCGCCACGGUGCUGAUAUGCAAUUAUCACUUUGCAAAACCACCAGUGAUUGACAAUGAACCAGACAUGGUUGAGGAGAUAGGUAUCGCCUGGUGGUAUGUCUUUCGAGGCGUGCGCUAUGUUGUAGAUUCAAUGGGAAUGGAAGCUAUAUUCUCUGGCCAUAUUGGCCCGUUCCCCCCAGAAGCACCUGGAGGAGACCCCACUGAUCCACUGAAGGCAACUAUAGACAAUGGGUACAUUCCAUGGGAGAGACCAUUGGCCAGUCUGGCAGUCUUGUUCUCUGGUUCCAACACAAUGGGCUCGGAGAGUUUGGUAGUGGCUUCAGAGGCGUUGAUAGACUGCUACCGCGAGGUGUAUGGCACCGCCGACAAGCCAGAAUAUCGAACGCAUGGUAAGACACAUGUUGUUAUGCGUUGGCCGUGGGUUCUCGAAGAUGACUUCGUGGGCAAAGUGCAAAACUUGGUACCGGAAGCCUUAAUACUGCUUGCCUACUUUGCCGUUUUAGUACAGACGCUAGAACGCUUCUGGUAUAUGAAAGGAUGGGCCGAAUAUAUGAUAAUCGGCAUCGAGAAGAAGCUUGCUCCGGCCUACCUUCAAUGGAUAGAGUGGCCUCGAAACCAUAUAGGACGGGAAAGUACUGUUGAAAAACCGACCACGACAUAA